UCACUUUUGUCAUGAAUGAGGCUUGAUAAACUGUACAAGAUGAGUGUUGUAGAUGGUUACAUGUUUAUGGUGUCCAAUUCUAAUAUGAAUGUUUGUAUCUUAGGUCAGAGAAAGAUCCGGCCUUACUGGAGAAAUUAUUUUGACUGUACAGAUAUAUUGAUAUAUGUGAUUGACAGUGCAGAUAGGAAACGGUUUGAAGAGACAGGGGAGGAGCUUGCACAUUUGUUAGAAGAUGAGAAACUGCAAGGUGUGCCUCUUCUUGUGUUUGCUAACAAGCAGGAUCUCUUCAGUGCAGCUCCAGCUUCAGAAAUCAGUACAGGAUUGCAACUACAUACAAUUCGAGAUCGUGCUUGGCAAAUUCAGCCUUGCUCUGCUCUUAGUGGGGAAGGAGUGAGAGAUGGCAUGGAGUGGAUAGUGAAGAAAGUAAAAAAGAAGUGACACGUGUACUCAAGGGUGUCAGUAGAUAAUGAUACUAUAGACUGACUGGAUUAAGUGUCAUAUUGUAGGUUACAGCAAACUUUUAACACAUACAGCUACAACAUUUUUUAGCUGUACUGUUCAUAUGGGACCUGAACUGUGAUUGGUAUUUGUCAUGAUGUGUCAUGCUGGUGAUAUUCAUGUCAUGAACAUUCAAGACCAUUUAUGAUUCUCCUCAGGCUACAUCCAUUAUCUUCUAAGUGAAUAUCCUGUGGAUUGUCUCAUGAAGUCAGUGUAACAUUGAAACAAAAUACCUUAGCCCGGAUAUCCGGGCCUUGGGUAAUAACUUGACAAUAUAUUAGCUACAACUCAC